GUGUUAUAUUUAAAAAUAACUGAAGCUCGCCACUAUGAAGAAAAACUCCUCUUUACUGCACUAAAUCCAGCCGUGGUUCUGCCUACACCGACGGGCACCCGCAACUGCGGAAGCAAGCUAAAGGCGGAGGUCAGAAGUGAGCGCGCUCAACGUGAGCGUGCAUUCUUUUUCCGAUGAGUUCGGAGAGUUGUCGUUGGAGCAGUGAGGGCGUCGCUCUGGAAGAGAACGAGGCAGCGCUGCUCGCGCCAGUUCCGGUUCGCUGCGCGAUCGUUUUCAUUUGAAUCGUUUGGUUUGGUUCUGGCGCUUGGCGUUCGUGCUGGUUAGCAGCGGCGGCGGAGGCGGAGGCGGCCCAGCCGGGCCGAGAAUGGUGAUCGGAAGACGAUGGUGUUCGAGUCUUUAGUGGUCGAGGUUUUGAACCGUUUUUUGGGGGAUUAUGUGGUGAACUUGGAUACCUCGCAGUUGCAAUUAGGAAUUUGGGGAGGAGAUGUAGUUCUCAAUAACCUGGAAGUAAAAGAAAAUGCAUUGAGUGAGCUUAAUGUUCCAUUCAAAGUUAAAGCUGGUCAUGUUAGUAAACUUGAACUGAAAAUACCAUGGAAGAAUCUGUAUGGACAAGCAGUGGAAGCUACAUUGGAUGGAAUCUAUAUGCUUAUUGUUCCAUGUGCCAGUAUCAAAUAUGAUGCUGAAAAAGAGGAAUUGCAACUUCAAGAAAUCAAGCAGAGAGAAUUACAAAGAAUUGAAGAAGCUAAGCAAAAGGUUGCUGACAAAGAAAAUCCAAAGGAAGGGAAGCAAGAUACUUUCCUUGAAAAGUUAAUUACACAGGUUAUUAAGAAUUUACAGGUUAAAAUUACGAAUGUCCAUAUCCGUUAUGAAGAUGAUAUCACAAAUCAAAACUCUCCAUUGUCAUUUGGAAUUUCACUUGAGAACUUGAGUCUUGAGACAACAGAUGAAAGAUGGAAUCCAUGCUUGCAUGAUCAGUGUGAACAUGUCUUCAAUAAGCUUGUUCGAUUAGACUACCUCUGUGCAUAUUGGAAUGUCAACACCAAAAUGUAUUCAAAAAGCCAUCAGGUUCAGGCUUUGAAAGACUUGAAAAAUGGAGUCUCAAGACGCAGCUUUAUUCCAGAGACUUACCAAUUCAUUUUUCAGCCAUUAUCUGCCCAAGCUAAACUCGAAAUGAAUCCACGAGCAGAAGUUGACUUUGCUUCGCCAAAAAUGAACUUGGAAGUAAAUCUUGAAGAUAUAGCAAUCGAAAUAAAUAGGCCUCAGUAUCUUAGCAUCAUGGAGUUACUUGGAUCAAUUGAUAUGAUGACACGAAAUCUGCCGUAUAGAAAAUAUCGGCCGGAUGUCCCCUGUCACAACAAUGCUAGGAAAUGGUGGGCAUACGCUAUAAAUGGCAUAUUGGAAGAGAAUAUAAAACCUGCACUUAAUGCUUGGUCAUGGAGGCACAUUCGAAAGCACAGACAAAAAUUGAGGAAUUACAGGAGCCUCUAUAAAUCAAGAAUCAAAACCAAGAAACCAGAUGAAGAACUUAUCAGCACACUUGAGGAACUCGAAAAGGACCUUGAUUUGUUCAACAUUACACUCGCAAGACAGCAAGCAGAAGUAGAGGUUAUGAAAACAGGGCAUAAAAUUUACAGACCAGGUGCAAAAAUUGAGGAUGAGAAAACUGGCGGAUGGUUUGACUGGGCUUGGAGUUGGGCAGGAGCAAAAGAAGAGAAACCACGAGAUUCCAAAUCUGGAAUUGAUUUAUUGAUGACACCUGAAGAAAAAGCUAAACUCUAUGCAGCAAUUGGAUAUAGUGAAACUGUGGUGGAUCCAACAAUGCCUAAAAGAUAUGAAGCAGUAAAACUUGCUGUGAAGCUUGUUAGCAUGUCCGUUUCCAUUCGAGAAGAAGACGACCAGCCAGAGAUCAUGAAAUUUGCUGUGAUUGACUUGAGCAUGAUGCUAACCCAGAGACCAGGAGCACAAGCAAUAAAAUUUGAAGCAAAGAUAAGUACAUUGGAAGUGACAGGACUGCCUCAGAACACAGACAAGCCAUUGCUGCUUUCUUCAAGGAGUGCUUUGACCGAGAAUGAAGAAGUUCUGCUCAGGAUCAUGUUUGAGACCAAUCCGUUGGAUGAAAGAGCUGAUCAGCGGCUGAAGGCGGAGUCACGUCCACUAGAAAUUGUAUAUGAUGCGAGAACUGUAAAUGGGUUAGUCGACUUCUUUCGACCUCCAACAGAUGUACAACUGGUAGAACUAACAUCGGCUACUUUGAUGAAGCUCGAAGAAUUCCGUGACAAAACUGCAACUGGCUUAAUGUACAUUAUUGAGACACAGAAAGUCCUGGACUUAAAAGUGAAUCUCAUGGCUUCUUACGUCAUUAUUCCACAGAAUGGUUUUUUUGAUAAAUCUGCCAGCUUAUUGGUUCUUGAUCUUGGUAAUUUGAAGAUGAUGAGUAAAAGUCGUGCGCGUCUGCCACAAAUUACUGCUGGAGAAAGCACCUUGGAGGAUAUCAUGGCCAGAGCCUAUGACUGUUUUGAUAUCCAGCUGAGUAGUGUUCAACUUCUCUAUGCUAAACCACAUGAGGAUUGGAAAACAGCUCGCAAAGAAAAGAAAUCAUCUCAGCACAUAUUGCAACCCAUGGAUUUAAAGCUCGAGUUAUGCAGAGCAAUGGUUGUCUCUGAUCCAAGAAUGCCAAAGUUUAAAAUUUAUGGUGGACUUGCUUUACUUUCAGUUUGCAUCUCAGACCAAAAACUUAGACGAGUUUUAGAGUUGAUUGAUAGUAUUCCUAAACCAAGAAGUAAUUCACCACCACCAUCCUUAAAAUCCCGUCAGACGCAGAAAGUAUCACCUAAUAUGACGCCACGGUCUGUUCAAAAAAGAGCAGUACACAAGGACCUAUACUCUUCUGUUCUGAGUAUGGCAGAUUCAGACGAUGAAUUCUAUGAUGCUCCAAGCUCACCUGUGGAUGAAGCACCAUUUCUGCCAGCCAAAGCUAUUUCAUUACAAAGGUCAGAAAGUAUACGCCAGAAACAAUUGAGAAAGCAAGAAUCUAUGAAAAAUAUGACUGACUUCCAAAUGCAAUUUGAAAUAUCAAAGAUGUCACUGGGAAUCUGUCGUUAUGUAGAGGAUACUGAAGCCCCUGUGUUAGAACUGGAAAUAGCCGGACUUGGUACAGAGCUUAAAAUCAGAACGUAUGAUAUGACUUCACGCACAUUUCUGAAAGAAAUCAGUUUAAAAUGCCCUGAGCAGACAGAUGCUGAAGACAAACCCAUUUAUAUUAUCACCACUCUGGACAAUUGUGAAGAUGAUCUCCUUACUAUUGAAUAUAUUAAGGCUAACAAAGAUGGACCGGAAUUCAAAACCACCUAUAGAAACACAGAACAACUCAUAAAGGUGAACUUUUCAUCUUUGGAUGUUUAUUUACACAGUGAAGCUCUGCUAAGCUCUGUUCAUUUCCUGAAAAACCUUAUCCCACAAUCAGAAACCAAGGUCAGUUCAGAUGAACAGGUUCCUGAAAUUGAAGAGAAGAAAGAAGAGAUCCUCAUGAAGAAAAAGACAUCUCCUAGAAGAGGAAAGUUUGAAGAUCUGAUCAAGCUUCAUUUGUGUGCAGAACUGGCACUUCUGAAAGUUUUCAUUUGUGAUCAAAGCAAAAGAAUUGCAGAAAUAAGCAUUGUAGGUCUUGAUGUUGAGGUGGCUUUGAGGAAGACUUUAUCAGAAGUUACAGCAAAACUGAAGAAUAUUGUAGUUUUGGAUUCCAGCAAAGAUGCAGUAUACAAAAAGGCUGUUUCCAUUGCUGGUAAAGAGGUCUUCAAUUUCAAAAUAAUCUCUCAUGUGGAUGCGACAGAAGGUUUAGCCUAUUCCAAUAUGGAUGUAGUUGAUAGUUGUGUUCAAUUGACAGUUGGCUGUAUCCAAGUCAUCUUUGUAAAGAAGUUUUUGUCAUCAGUACUGGCGUUCUUAAAUGUUUUCCAAGCUGCCAGAGAAGCUGUCACAGAAGCAACUGUCCAAGCAGCAUCUGGUGUGAAGGAUCUCGCAGAACGGAGCACUAGAAUGCAACUUGACAUUCAUAUCAAUGCACCUGUCGUUGUUGUACCUCAAUCUCCUGUGUCAAAAAAUGUUGUUGUUGCAGAUUUUGGUUUUGUCAUUAUUCAGAACAGUUUCUCAAUGAUUAAACAGAAAGGUUCUACUGAUCUCCCACCUAUAAUUGACUCCAUGAAGGUUUCGUUACGUGAACUAAAACUGUACAGUUGCAGAUCAGAUCUUCGUUUGCAGCUGAUAGUGGAAGACAAGAAAAUGUAUGCUCCCUGUGAAGCUAUCACAUUUGGUCAUGUUAGCACAAGUACUGAAAUACUAUUUCAUCGCAAGUGCCAGCUUUCUAGUGAUGAUGACCAGCAUACCCUAAUGAUCAAUAUAGUUGCAAUGCAUGACAUGCUGGCAUCUGACAAUCGUGAUGAAAAUAAUAAUGCUUACGUUCUCCAUUUGUGGCCUAGUGCAAUACUUCAAAACCUUUUGCCUUGUGCAGUCAGUGUUUCCUUAACAGAGGAAAAUAAGAGUCGGAGGUUGACUCUAGAUGAAGGACAUUCUGCACAGCUUCAUGAUGCUGUACUGGACCAAUCCAAACUGACACUGACUAUUAUUGACUAUUUGGAACAUAAUUGGGCAGGAGAAUACUCGAUCAAAAGCAAUCAGACAGAUAUUGAAUUAAUCAAAUUUAAAUCAUAUAUUGAUGGUGAAGAAACUGAAAUAGACAUUGCAGUCCUUGCAACAUACAAUGUUGGACAUGUGUUGUUAUCGUUGUAUAGUCCCUAUUGGAUGAUAAAUAAAACUGGGCGAAUGCUUCAAUACAAAGCUGAUGAUGUUCAUCGUAAGCAUCCUUUGGACUACAAAAAGCCACUGCUUUUUUCUUUUGGAUCCAAAUGCUUUUUUGAAAAGAAUAAGGUUCAGCUUAGGAUAACUGACAGCCAGUUGUCAGAUUCAUUUUCUCUGGACACAGUGGGCAGUUACGGCUCUGUAAAAUGCAAAGGACCAAAAAAGGAGUAUCAGGUUGGUGUGAAAAUAGACAACAGCAGCUUUAAUCUCACAAGAAUUGUUACCUUUACACCAUUUCACAUGCUAAUCAAUCAAACGAAACACAAGAUUGAAGUUGUUGAAGAAUGUGAAUCAAAAUGGUUGAGCAUUGAUUCUAAUCAGUGCAGCCCAUUCUGGCCUGCCAGAGAUUCUGAGAGAUUAGCAGUUCGAAUUGAAGGAUGCAGUGCAGGGCCACAAAAAGUUUACUUCAACAAACAAGAAAAUUGCCUUUUACUGCGUCUGGACAAUAAGUUUGGAGGCAUCAUAGUAGAAGUACACUUGGCAGAACAUUCGUUGGUGGUGACUUUUAAGGACUAUCAUGAAGGGGCUGCUCCAUUCCUCAUUAUUAAUGACACAAAUGCAAGCAGGAUUGAAUAUCAUCAGAGCAGUUCAACUGGAAAGGGACAUCAACUAGAGCCAGGUAAAGCAACCUAUUAUACCUGGGAAGAUCCGACAGUGUCAAGAACGCUUAGCUGGAACUGUUCAUGUCAAGAUGCAGCAGGAGAGCUGAGUACAAUAGAGGAUAUAUUCUUAGAGUUUCCACAAGAAAAUGGGAAGAUUUAUUUAGCAUCCUUCUUUGAGGGUCUGCAGAGAAUCAUUGUGUUCACAGAUGAUGAAGGAACAUUCAGACUUACUCAAGAAAAUGAGACAGCAGAGCAAGCUGAACAGGAGAUCAUUCUGUCACUACAGAACUUGGGGAUUUCGCUGAUUAAUAAUUCAACAAAGCAAGAAGUGGUCUACAUUGGUAUAACAAGUUCUGAUAUUGUUUGGGAAAGUAAACCCAAAGUGAAAUCGCGCUGGAAACCAAUGAGUAGAAAGCAAACAGCUGAGCUGGAAGAGAUUUACAAAGAAUAUAUCGAGUCUUCUCCCCAAGAGAACCACGUUGCUGAACUUCCAUGUGAAUUUCAGGCACUUUUAACUCCAAAUGGCGUGGACAUGAAGCUCUUACAACCUUCUGAAGUACCAAUAAGGAGAAAUUAUCUGCCAGCUAUAAAAGUGGAGUAUACUGUCUCAACUCAUCAGAAAUCUCUCCGAGUCCAAAUUUACAAGAUCCAGAUUCAAAAUCAGCUGCCUGGGGCCAUCUUUCCUUUUCCGUUUUAUCCAAUUAUUCCCCCCAAGUCAGUCACCAUGGAUUCAGCACCAAAGCCUUUUGCUGAUGUCAGUAUUAUCACCAGGUUCGCAGGGAAGUCUGAUAUAACUCGUUUUAGGUAUUUUAAGGUCCUAAUUCAAGAAAUGGAUCUGAAGUUAGAUCUUGGUUUUCUUUAUGCUGUGAUGGACCUAUUCACCCAAUCAACAGAUACUGUUCUUGCAGAGCAAAAGCUGGAUCUAUUCAAGAAGGAUCUUGAGUAUAUUCAAACAGAGCUGUUGACUGAAUCUGCUGUUGACACCACACCUGUCAGUCUAUAUGAGCAUUUCCAUAUUUCACCUAUCAAACUACAUUUGAGCUUCUCCAUUAGUUCUGGAGGGGAAGAAAGUAACAAACAACAAGAAGCAGACCUGAUCCCACUACAAUCUCUGAACCUUUUGCUGAAAAGCAUUGGAGCAACUCUCACUGAUGUACAAGAUGUUGUCUUCAAGCUUGCAUUUUUUGAAAUCAAUUAUCAGUUUUAUACCACACAACAGCUUCAGUGGGAGGUAAUCCGACAUUAUUCUAAGCAGGCAAUCAAGCAAUUGUAUGUGCUUGUCUUUGGACUAGAUGUCUUGGGCAAUCCUUUUGGUUUAAUCAGAGAUUUAUCGCAAGGAGUUGAAGCAUUUUUCUAUGAACCUUAUCAGGGAGCAAUUCAGGGACCUGAGGAGUUCAUGGAAGGAAUGGCCUUGGGUGUAAAAGCGUUGGUGGGGGGUGCUGUUGGUGGUAUUGCAGGUGCUGCUUCUAGAAUAACUGGUGCAAUGGCAAAAGGUGUAGCUGCUAUGACAAUGGAUGAAGAGUACCAGCAGAGGCGUAGGGAGGCCAUGAACAGACAGCCAAGUGGGAUUAAAGAAGGCAUUACACGUGGAGGAAAAGGCUUGGUGUCGGGCUUUGUGAGUGGAAUCACAGGAAUAGUGACAAAACCUAUUAAAGGUGCACAGAAAGAAGGUGCGGCUGGUUUCUUCAAAGGCAUUGGCAAGGGCUUGGUUGGAGCUGUUGCAAGACCAACUGGAGGCAUCAUAGACCUGGCCAGCAGCACUUUUCAAGGGAUAAAAAGAGCUACAGAAACAACAGAAGAUGUUGAGAGUCUUCGUCCACCUCGAUUUAUCCAUGAAGAUGGAGUAAUUAGACCGUAUAGGUUGAGAGAGGGAAUUGGCAUGCAAAUGUUACAGAAAAUUGAAAAUGGAAGAUUUGCCAAAUACAAGUACUUUGGACAUAAAAUGAUUAAUGAUUCAGACUUAUUUAUGAUUACAAAAAGUGGUAUCUUAUUUGUAACACAAGGAACAUUUGGGCAGUUGAACUGUGAAUGGCAGUAUAGCUUCGAGGAAUUCACUAAAGAACCUUUUAUUGUUGCUGGAAGGAGGUUACGUAUUGAAGCCAAAGAACGUGUGAAAUCUGUAUUCCAUGCAAAAGAAUAUGGAAAAAUUGUGAAUUUCAAAACUGAAGAUGAUGCACAGUGGAUUCUGGCAAAACUGCAUGAAGUGCGCGAAAGAAGAGUACCUGAUCAUCAUCCAAAGAUAUGAAUGCUACAGGAAGUAUUAGGAAUUUCAUAAUCACGAAAAGUAGCUCAUUUUCAACUAUUAUUAAAAGGAGUUAAAUUCACAUGAACCGUAUGCCGUACACAAUUAAGUUUAAAUAUUUUAUUCAGUUAAUUCUUAAGAAAUUUGAAAUUCUUUCAAAACCAUACAAUUAUUGUAUCUGAUUUCGAUCUAAUUUGGUGGUUCCGUCCUGAAUUUUCAGGUGUUGGAAUGUAGCAUAGAAUGGAAAUCUCACUUUUUUAAUAGGCUUAAGUGUUUAAUUAAUUCACACGGCUCAAUGGUUUUUCCGAAGGAAAGCACCACACUACCAAGUGCCACAAAAUACCUUCAAUAACACAGAUGUGCCAAUGACUUUCUUCGCUGCAGUGCUUUGUGACUUACUUUUGUGUCACUGGUCAAUUUGAAAUAUCCAGAUGUUUGACACAUUUAAAAACUCAAAACCAAUUUGAAAAUAAUUCACAAAAUAAUGCAUUAGUGUAUUUGAAUACAAGAUUACACCACCUGGAGUUCGUUAUUUGUUUACUAUACUAGAAAUAAUUAGUGUUAGCUGGACUGUUAAUCAAUUGUCCAAGAUCCUCCAAUUAUAUUCCAUUAUAAAUUCAGAAGAUUCAUAUUCUUGUAAAUACUUAAUCAUGCUCAUCAGCAAAUCAUAUUGUUACUUGUGUAUUCGGACCAUUAAGAGGAUAUAUGCUGGAGUAUUAAUAUUCAAAUGACUUCCAUGCAAACUUAAUGCACUGAAAUUUAAACAAUUAUGGAGUCUCCACAGAUCCAGGCAAAUAUUUGUUCUCUGCUUAAUACAAGGUUCAACUUUUAUGGGUUUUUUCAUGACAAAUUUGAAAACCAGACUUAAUUUUCAAAUUUUUAGUAUAACAAAACUACUAGAUAUUUCAAACUUCAUGCUCCAAAUCAUACGUAUUUUCUACUUUGUUCAAUACCAUUAUAGUUCCUGAAAUACAUAUGUUGCUGAAUCUAUCAUCAUGUUUUACACAUACCAUUCAAUACAAUGAGUGUUAAUGUAAUCAGCCCAUAAAAUAACAAUGAAUAGUUUCUAAUCACCAUAAUGAAUCUUCUGUUUGUAAUUGAUCAUGCUCAUGGCUAACUGUGUUUUUAAGUUCCUGCCUUUGAUAAUAUAAUGUUAAUAUGCAAUUUUCUACAAACUUCAAUUAUGUAGAUGCACUGUAUAAUCUGAAAGGUUUACCAUGUUUGCAGAGAAUUUAUAUUAUGCAUUUUAAUGUUAUGUAUAAUAUGCAGCAACUAUGCCAAUUUACCUCCAAAAGAAAUGUUGACCUUGAAAAUGAUAGCAUUUGGGAAGGGAUGGGGGAGUCAUGAAAGUAUAUUUUAUAGUCUGUACCAAAUUUUAAAGAUCACUGUUUAUCCAAAUUCAUGGUAUAAUGUUGACACUUUUUUUUUCUUAAAAAUCUUUAAGUACUAAAAAGUAAAAGCAUAAUACCAUUUACAAUUGCAGUCUGCCCCUCAAACUUCACCUGGUUACAGUUCUCCUAAAAAAAAAAGUGGAGUUUGACUACUAUAACACUUGCAUAAGCUUGCUGAUAGUGCCCCAAGGAAAAGAUCUUGUCUGUAUUUUGAAACAAAAUUUUAAAAUAUACUUGGUACCAGAAAUAAAUGCAUCAUCUUUUAUUUGACAAUAUGGGGACUGAAUUGUCCGAGGUUCAAUAAAUCCAUUUACAUUAAUAGCAGCUCAAAUGUAAAUGCAAAAUUUAAGAUCUAGUCCAUAAAACUGAAAUUAGCUAUUUCUAAGUGUAAUGAGAAAUGGAUAUGAUACCUGAAUAUAAUCUCUUGAAAAUCAACAGUCCUGCUUAGGGGUUUAGAUUAUGGCUUUGGAUUGGUCACUAAUGAUGGAACAGUAGUAACAUCUAAAUUAGAAAAGCUAUUUAUCUAAUACUGCCAAAGUUCUAUGAGGAAGGCUGGAGUUUACAGUUUUUGACACUACCCUUGACCACAAAAUUCAGGUCUAGAUGGCAAUGUUAACCACAAAGUUGUCCAUAAAGAUUUAAUGGGCUCUGGUACUUGGAUUUUCCUCAAUUCUGAUAUCUCUUCAGAUUUGGUGUCACUUCUAAGGAUUAUAGGGUACAGCUACAGCAGAACUGACACAUUCUCAAAUAGGAAAAUAUACGUUUAAAAGCAUGAAACAUAAUUAAGAUGUACUAAGGACAAAAUAACAUCUAAAUAUUUUUGAAAAGUCAUUCACUUUUACAUGUUUGGGACAGUCAGAUUCUAAAAUUUUAAUUCGUUUUCAGCACCAGUAAACAGUACAAACUCAAGUGACUUAAAAUGUUGUUAUU